AUGAACAGAGAACAUCUUGACCCCGCUGGCCCCAUACGGGAUUCCCAGUCUCCUACAAGGACAGCAUCGAAUGCGAGUCCCACCCGCAUCAGCUCCCUUCGCCGACCUACCAUCACCGACGCCCCGAUGCUCAGCGCUUCGUCUUCCAACAAUCACUCUUUAUUUUCCUUUGGCGGCAGAAACAACCGGUCCGACAAUGUAAAUAAUAACGGCACCAGCGACUCCUUCGAUUUUCUCCCAUCCGUCAGCUUCGACGACCUCCAGACGAGCCUCGAGUCCGCCUCGGCCGACUUCAAGCUGACCCAGUUCCCCUCGCCCACAGGCCAGGGUACCAUUCUCGGCGACCACGCCCUCGACACCAUGGGCGAGCGUUUGGACACGACUGCCAAGCGCAAUAUUGCGAGCAGCCAUUCAACUACGUCUCAGCCAGCCCUGGGGACGCGGUCCCGCGCCGGCUCCCUCCUGCGCAGACCUAGCACGUCUGGCAGAGCCGUGGGCAGCAGCACCGCGUCGACAUCCACGACUACUUCAAACCCUCCUCCUAUUUCGGCAGUGACACGCGCUCGUCGCGCCCAAAGCCAUUACCCGCCCGUCUCGGGCUCUCACAUCGCCAAACCGCCCAGGAAGUCGACUGGAGAUGUGGUGUUGGGAGGGGAUAUUGAGACGCAUAGGCGCCGGGGCAGCAUUGCCUCGCUCACAGACAAAAACGGGCUGGAUCUACCACGAACCUCCAUCGACAGUGGCUCACGGCCGCUUCCCGAUGCUGUCCGAGCUCAGGCCGGCUCGCGGACCGCAAAGGCCCGGUCCGUUCAGCCUACGGCGAGGUCGAGUCAGCCGACACUUACCGCAGAGACCACCACCUUGGCUGCUCCUGAGACAACACAUCUUUCCACCUCUCUGCCAAGGUCACCGAGGGUAGUGUCCAAAACAUCCCAUCCGGCCUCUGCUAAGCGCAUCUCUGUCGUUCCAGGCGUCCUCCCGCCCCACGCUACCGGCCUAGGUGCUCGAACGAUUAGCCCGACCGAUGCGAAGAGAUUGAAACGUUUAUCCAUGCAUCAUUCUCAGAUGACCGGCAGCAAUGCGCUGCCGAACCCCCCGCCAUUAGCAGCGUCUCUGGAUCGUCCUUCGUCGCGGUCGCCCUCGAUGUUGCCGCGCAAGAUAUCGACCCCGUCGUCUUCGACGAGAACGACUCCCGAUCCAAGUAGAAAAUCUUAUAGUUCUGGUCUCUCGGCCAAUUCCAGCUCCAGCGUUAAUAACACGGUAACCGUCCGGACGUCGACCCAAUCUCUCCAACAACGGCUCUCCUUGGCGGCUUCUCGCUUGCCUACCCCCAAGGUCCUUGGUCUCGCCGCUCUCGGGCACGACCUGGAAGACGAGGACGUCCCUCCCGUUCCCGCGAUUCCUAAGGCCUUUGAAUCGCCAAGAGACCCGCUCGCUCCGGCCCCCAAGCUCGAAAAGAGGAGUUCGAACCGCACCUUUGAUACGAGCAGCAUUCAUAGCAAGAGCUCGACCAGCAGUGUAUCCGGGACUCAGCCGAGCGAGACGCCCGCUCACAAGCUUCAGCGUCGUCCCAGCCAGCGCAAGUCAAUUCACACAUCCAAGCUGGACUUGGAUACCAAGCCUAUCGCCGCGCCAGCGAGGAAGACCCUGCAGCCUCUGCGGCUUCCGCCUCUCACGCUGAAUCCCCUCAACACGCCGACCGCCGCCAAGAUCGCCGCGCUCCAGGAACAAGCUGCUUCAUCCGACAGAGACAGAGACAAUGUCUCACCACCGCCCACCAAGACGAUUCCUAAGACCCCUACUACCCCUAUGACGGCCUCCAAGAGCACCUUUUUCUCGAGAAGGUAUAACGACGAUAAGUUCGACGUCCAGCACCUUAGGAGUAGUAGCUCGGUACAUCGGCUCCGGCGAGAUACCCCUCCUCCUUUGCCCGAACCACAGAGCUCUUCUGAGUCCUUUAGCGCCGUCCACGAGCCGACUCCAAGGAGUGGACCAUCCCCAUUCCUCAGCUCCUCUGUGCCGAAGGGAGGAAAUGUCGAAGCUGCCUACCUAAAACGGUCUAAGACGGGUGGUGAUAUCUCGGUCGAUACGACCUCUGAAUCCCCGGUCCAUCAGCAGCAACACGUUUCUCAUCAUCAACACAAGCCGUCCGAUCCUCGUCCGCCGAAACAAGCAGCUCCGCAACCUGCGAAGUCCCCGCCCCCACUGCCGAGCCCGGAUGAGCCGCAAACGCCAUCAUCCAUGAGCUCCCUCAGGCGGAAGCUUAGCCUGUCCUGGAAGCGCAAUAAUUCGAAGAACAGUAGCGGUCAGAUUCAGACGGAGAAGACUAGCGAGACAAAGACCACGAAGCACGAGUCCAUGCCUCCUCCUCCUCCGCGGAUUCCCGUCUCGGCUACAGUUGGCUCGAUCCCGGCCGUGCCCAAACCCCCAAGUCCCACGAAGUCGAGCAUCACGACCUCGAACUACUUGGAUGCGCGCAGGCGGAAGAGCUCGUCUUCAAGCUUACACGCAAUCAUGGCAGAACAGCGCGCUCGGGGCGAGGGCUUGACUGCGGCCAAGAAGGAUUCAACCCUGGAAUCUGUGGCUGAGCGCGCGACUGCCCUUCACAACUCAUCCGUGGUACAAAAGAUUCUGAGGCCCAAGGCGUCGGCGCCUGUUAUGAAGGACGACGAUCUGUGGGUUCCUGAGUAUGAUAAGGAGGACAUGCUUGCCGAGGAGGAAAUGAGGAAGCUUGGCCUGCGCCGCAAGGAUACAGAAAUUGCUGCUCGAACGCUGGAUGCCCUUCGGAAGCGGGCGACACCUAAAGAGCGUGUCAGCCCCCAGGAAGCCAUCCGCAUUGCCAUGCUCAAUGUGUAUGAGCGCGGGGAGAUCGUGGACUACAAGGACAUCUAUUUCUGUGGUACUCAGAACGCGAACAAGGUUGUGGGUGAUGUUCAGUCCAACUUGCCCAACCAUGGCUACGACGACGAGCGCGGCGAUUACACCAUCGUGCCUGGCGACCAUUUGGCUUAUCGCUAUGAGAUCAUUGACCUCCUGGGUAAGGGAAGCUUUGGUCAAGUCGUUCGCUGCAUCGACCACAAGACCGGCGUGCUCGUGGCCGUUAAGAUUAUUCGCAACAAGAAGCGGUUCCAUCAGCAAGCGCUCGUCGAGGUUAACAUUCUGCAAAAGCUGCGCGAAUGGGAUCCGCAUAACAAGCAUAGCAUGGUCAACUUCACUCACAGUUUCUACUUCCGCGGCCAUCUCUGCAUCUCUACCGAGCUUCUGGACAUGAAUCUUUACGAGUUCAUCAAGGCGAAUUCCUUCCGUGGCUUCUCGCUUAGGCUGAUCCGCAGGUUUACCAAGCAGAUUCUCAGCGCCCUCAAUCUGCUCAAGAAGCACAGGGUCAUCCACUGUGAUCUGAAGCCCGAAAACAUCUUGCUCCGCCAUCCUCUGCACACAGAAAUCAAGGUCAUCGACUUUGGCUCCAGCUGCUUUGAAGACGAGAAGGUUUAUACGUACAUUCAAUCUCGCUUCUAUCGCUCUCCUGAAGUUAUCCUUGGCAUGACCUAUGGCCUGCCUAUCGAUAUGUGGUCUCUCGGCUGUAUCCUGGCUGAGCUGUACACGGGGGUGCCCAUCUUCCCUGGCGAGAACGAACAGGAACAGCUGGCUUGUAUCAUGGAGGUUUUCGGCCCGCCGGAGAAACACCUGAUCGAGAAGUCGACACGUCGGAAGUUGUUUUUCGAUAGCAUGGGCAAGCCGCGUUUGACCGUCUCCUCCAAGGGCCGUCGGCGCCGUCCGUCCUCCAAGACUCUCCAGCAGGUGCUUAAGUGCGACGAUGAGGCGUUCCUGGACUUCAUUGCUCGUUGUCUCCGCUGGGAUCCUGAGCGCCGCAUGACCCCAGAACAAGCCAUCCACCACGAAUUUAUCACGGGCGUCAAGCCUUCUAUCCCCCGAACGCUAUCUCCCGCCAAGCGUGUUCCGAGCCUGACUUCGACUCAUGGGCCACGCCCUUUGCCCGAACCACCAACACCUGCCAAGCCGUCUACGCUAUCCCACCGCAUGCGUGAGCAGAAAGAUGAAAAGGAAGGCUCAAAGCACCAGCACACCGGAUCCGGUUCCUCGACCGGCCCCGGCCCGCUCAAGCCGGCCGUCAUUUCCUCGUCGUCCUCACGCCGUGUCUCAGGCAUGACUGCCACUACCAUCGGGACCUCAGGCACCGUCGGGACCAUCAGCGGCACCACGCUUGUGGGAAGCAAUAGCGUUAAGCGUACCCCGUCUCACACCUUUCACACUUCACACCAUACGCACAACUCGUCCAGCUCGACGGGCUCGCUCGCCUCGACCGGCGGCAUAACCAGCGUGCCCAGCAACAGCAGCCUGCCGCGCGCAUCUCUCAGGAAUGCUGGAGGCGGUCUGUCGACAAGCGCUAGCGUGCAGACCCUCAACGGCGGGUCUUCGUCAUCGGGCGCAACAGCCACACGGGGCCACGAUCUUGCUGCUGCCGGAGCGUCAGCUGCUAUGGGCAUGACCGGCACAGCUGCCUUGGGUCGGAGAGCGUAG